UCCUCAGUAUAUUGCAGUACGUGAAUAACUCUGUCAUGAGGUGUACAGUUGGUUUCGUUUGUGUUGGGGCUCUCUCUGCUGUGCUCAUCUGCUUGACAACUGAAGCAGUGAUGGAUCGUUCGGUUGUUGAAGGAUUCAAUUUAAUCUUACCCUGCUAUAAUGGCAGCUUCAGCAAUAGACCAAGCAAUAAGGAAUCUUAUAAGUGGUCGAUCAACAACUCAAUCAGUCAAGACAAUCAUUCCUUACUGUUUGAUGAUACUCGAGAGAAGCUAGUCAUUCACGGUGAAGCAAAAUACAACUUGAGCUUAAUCACGUGUUCUGUUGUCAACACAAGUGAAAUAUAUUCAUACAGAAUAUAUGUGAAAAAACCUCCUAUAAUUCAUCUCAAUGAAAGCUUUCAUUCAGGAUGCUUAGGGAAACGAGUCAUGAUACCUUUUUGGGUGGAAAAAUAUGACUAUUUACAUUCAGAGAUACUAGUUUACUUAAACAGCACACUUGUUCCUGCAUCCUUGUGGCUUUACAGUGAUGCAGAUCAUUUGUUUAUAAUACAUUCAGAACAUAGUAUGUCCGUUGUUGGUGAAUGGCUUAUUGUUGUACACUAUGAGGGAGUUGAAGUACAUGGCAAUCUAACUCUUGACAUGAAAAACUGUUGCUGCAAUGUUGAUAUUAAAUUGAAAAAGCAUUGUAAUCAUUCGUCUUCCCAGCUUAUGGUUCAGCUAAAAAAUUUCAAAUUGUCUGAUGAAGCUGGUAUCUACGUUGACGAUCGGUUGCAAUUGUUUGACUCAAAAAGUCUUAUCAACAACAACAACAACUCAGUUAUUAUCCCUGUCAACUCUACUGGUAUGGUCACUGUUGUAGUUCGAGAUCAUUCCAACAAUCACAGUACUGGUGCCAGUGUUUAUAUGAACACCACAGAAUGUUCAGGUGCAUCAUAUGCAAGAGGAGCGUGCUCUCAUGUCGCUUUCUUGGUUUCACUUGUAUUUAGUGUGCUUAGUUGCAUGCAUUGACUUGCUUUUGAUAAACUGAACAGCGUGUAGCAAGGAAUCUGCGCAUUCCCUGAUUGAGGCAUGAACUGUUUGCUGCAAUGAUUUCUAGAACAUAAGUGAUGAUGCAUGGUCGCUAGUAGAAAUAGAAAUAG